AUGCAUCACUGUAAAUUGAAUAUUGAAGUGUGGCAUUUGGGAGACGAAAACCCUUCAGCUGUUAUAAGAAAUGAAUUAGAAAAUUUGGGAGUUAUUUUAAGAAAUUUAUCUGACUCUAAGUUGAUUAGACCAAUAAAUCAAAGGCGAGAUGCAGAUAAACAAUUCCAAAUUAAAGCAUCAGUAAUUAUCAAUUCUAGAUUUAAAGAAGUCUUAUAUCUUGAUUCAGAUAACAUUCCUGCUAAUGAUCCAACAUUUUUAUUUGAUAUGCCAGUAUAUAAAAGUACAGGUGCGCUAUUUUGGCCAGAUUUUUGGAAAACGCAUGGCGAAAAUAAAAUUUUUGAUAUUUUGGAUAUUGCUUGUGAAGAUGAAUGGGAACAAGAGUCUGGGCAAAUAGUUAUUGAUAAAGAAAAAUCAUGGUUACCUCUUCAACUUGUAUGGUAUAUGCAAAAAAACCAUGAUGUCUAUUUUCAAUUUUUAAAUGGAGAUAAAGAUACAUUUAAAUAUGCAUGGAAGGCUUUAAAUGCUCCUUAUCAUAUGGUAGAAGCCUUUGUAGGAAUGGCGGGUACAAUGACUGAAAAUAGAUUUUGCGAUAAAAAUCAUUUUAUCCCUGGACAUCCCUGGGAUUUAGCUAAACAUUCAACAUUAAGUUAUGCUAAUACAUGGAUAAAACCUGAAUUCUAUAUUUCACCAAAAGGACAGGCUUGUAUGGACUUUACACAUCUCCAAGGUGAACCGGAUGCAAUUACAGAAGACUUUGAUAGUGUAGUGCCGAAUCUGCAAACAAAUUAUUUCAAGUUUGGAGGUAUUGGUGGAGAAACAAGAUAUUAA